CAGAAAUAUCGCGAAGAUGAGCGGAAGAGGCAAAACCGGAGGCAAAGCCAGGGCUAAGGCCAAGACCAGGUCAUCCCGCGCCGGGCUCCAGUUCCCCGUGGGUCGUGUUCACAGGCUUCUCCGCAAGGGCAACUAUGCGCAGCGUGUGGGAGCUGGCGCACCCGUCUACCUGGCCGCCGUGCUGGAGUACCUCACCGCUGAGAUCCUGGAGUUGGCCGGCAACGCGGCUCGUGACAACAAGAAGACCCGUAUCAUCCCCCGUCACCUGCAGCUGGCCGUCCGCAACGACGAGGAACUCAACAAACUUCUCGGUGGCGUUACGAUCGCUCAGGGUGGAGUGCUGCCCAACAUCCAGGCGGUUCUUCUCCCCAAGAAGACCGAGAAGGCCGUUAAGGCCAAGUAAAGACUAAACCUUUGUUUCACGUUCCCCAAAGGCUCUUUUAAGAGCCACUCACUACACUCUUCAAAAGCGCAUUGUCUUUCAAUUCUUAUCAAGUGACAAGUUUGGUGGACUCUAAAUGAAAGCUACAAUACAUAUUUAAAGAUCCUGUAAAGUGGACCUGAAAACGAGUUUUAAGUUCGCCACACCAAAGAAUUUGUUAUUGACUACCCAUCCAAAUUCGAAUGAAUAGCAGAGGUAUCUGGUAUGAGUUGGUGAAAACCGCUAAAUUGAUAUUAGGCUACUCGGUGUAGAAUGAUAUUUUGGUGAAAUGGUAGCUAAUGUGUUAAAAGUAGCCUAGUUGGAGAGCUUGCUGUCUGGUGUCCAUUUUUACUGUUACAGC